UUUGCUCUAGCAGUCAGUGCGGAACGGCCUGCGUGUGCGCACGUCAAUCGAAAACGCGCCGCCUCGAUCGCGAACUGUGUCGAACGUGCCGUUACAAUAGUGUUUCAUAAUCUGUGAUUGUUUACUUUUUAAUUUCCACACGAUAACAUUGGAAAUACCGCACACAGCUAACGACUCUAAAGAGGCCUGCCGGCGGAAUGCGCCUAUUACUUGAGUUCCGCCUUGGAUGCGCCUGCGCCGGCGACGGUAAAAUGGCGGGAAUCUGUUCGUAGACUCAAGUAAUGAGAUAUAGCGAUAUCGACUGACUUCAAUGCCGCCCUCACAGGUGACAGCUGACGUCAAAUAAACGAGUUAAGACGACAAUGUGACGAAGCGUUCCCGCCACAAGUGUCCGCCAUCUUGUUUUUCAAACGCAAACUACCAGAUUAAAUAUGGCUCUUUUGUGGUGUGUACUGGCCUGUGCGCUGUCGGUUGCGUACGCGCAGUCCAACUAUGGAUCGCAGGCGAACAAUAUCGAAUACCAAGGGGAUGGACUGCCGGAGCAGACUAUUUUGGAUGGAAAGGUGACGAAGUUAGAUGACUUGAGUCCUGUUAUCUUCUUGAACCGAACGAGAGCAACUUUGAAUUGCGCUGCUGGGUCUAUGCAGAUCGAAUUGAAAUUCAAUGAAAAAUUCUACGGUAUCGCGUAUGCUGAUUUCGAUCGUCACUCAGCGUGCCAAGUAGCCGGCAAGGGCGCCACUUCAUAUAAACUAGAGCUGCCGUUAAAGGGAUGUGGUACCAAACAGGAUCCUCUCCGAGUUUUUACCAACAAUAUCGUCGUGCGAUUUCAUCCAGGACUAGAAAUGGACGGAGACGAGGUCAUCACUAUCGUUUGUCGUUAUCCACCCCCCAUCGUGCCAGUCUUCAACCCUCUCAUAUACACGCCAGAAGCCAAGGGACCGCUCCCAGCGAAGGCUCCACUCGCUGGCACUCAUAUUCUCAUGAUCAUCUGUGCCAUCCUCUUCCUGACCCUAAUGCUGUUGGGUUUGGGAGUCUCCUACCUGUGUCUGAGGAGACGUGCCCUGCCGGCCCCGAGAAGACUCAUCGAUGAUUCCUCAGCUUCAAUCAUCAGUAGAGAGAGUAUUCAAGAGGUAAAGAUCCCUCGCGCGCACCCCGUGUACCCGGUGACGGCGGAGAGCGCCAGCGUCGCGUCCGACACGAUACCGUCCGACUACCCGUCGGAGACGCCCAGCGAGGCGGAGGCGCACGUCAACCAGGCCUUCAUGAUUGACGAGUACCAGAGCGAGGGUUAUGGCGAAACUCACGAAACAAGUGCUCACUCGCGCAUGCACUCCCACGCAGGCGCACCAGCCUUCGACGUGCGCGUACGAGUACAACGACCACCUGCCCCACCUUCCCCCAUCUCGACCAUCACUACCACUGAGGUUGAUGGCGGUAGCAUGAGGCAAAUGGCAAUGUUAGAUGAGCACGAGCGCCAAGAGUCCGUGCGCACCGUGUCGCCGGGCGCGCUGCCGCUGCCCGCGCGCGCCGCCCGCGCCGAGCCGCCCGCGCGCCCGCCGCGCCCGCCCGCGCUCUACUCCGAGGUCAGCCGGGACCGACAGGAUUGGGCGCGUCGUCCGCGCUCCAUCGCGUCCCUCAACACGGAGAUGACGGACACGCACUCCGUCACAGAAGUCACUGACAGGUCACACGCGAGAAUGUUCCACAUCAAGAAACCUCCUCCACCACCUCCUGUGAUGAAGGAACGUCUGGAAACUGAGGAGCAAGAAAUGCUCAUGGAAAGCCUCGAGCCCAUCUCCGAAACACCUAUUAUGCCUGCUAGGAAACCCGAAAUAACCUCUCACGUAGUAGACGACGUGUUCCUCCGCACGAUAACCGAGAAGAAAACGAUCGAAGACAUCGAGCGCCACAAGCGGCUGGUCACGGAGUACCGCCAGGUGCCACCUCCGCCGCCGCAGUUCGACGUGACCAUCCGCAACCACACACUGCCUGACGCGCAGUGGGAGAACUUCUCGGACAUCAGCAGCGCCUCUGGCAUGACGCUGACACCGAAGAUGGAGAGAGUGCCGUUGUCGCUACCGCCCCAGAAAUACAUUGGUAAAGGUGGUCCAGAUCUGUUCUCCCCUGAGCUGAUCAAGCAGACGGGUGCAGUAUACCCAUCACCAUCAUCUCCCGAUCUGCCCUUACUGCCUGAGCUGCCGCCCGCGCGUAAUCCCUUGUACAGAGAAGAAGAUGACGAAGAUGUAGCCGAACCGACUCCAGCCCCACCGGUGCCACCAAACUGGAACGUUCUUACCAGGGUGUUGAAGACAGAAGCACAGGAUGAGGUGCUCUUAGAAACGGAGCGAUCGUACCGCCUCACCCGCGAGGAACGUCUCCGCUGGCGCGAGCUGAUUACACACGAGAGUACUCUCCGCCGGGAACUGGCGCGCUCCUCCACACGCGAGGACUUCACUCGAGUGGCGCACGACCAUCGCUUCGCCCCGUUGUACGCUCCGCCCAAGUGGGAGGUUAUCAUACGUAUUCUGGCUCCCCCACCCGACAAGCCUAAGAACCGGUACCGCAAGAAGUCUGAGUGGGAGUCUCGGUCGCGGCGCAGCUCGCUGCCCACGCUGUACGAGUACGACAGCGACGCCGCCUCGCUGCGCGACCCGCCGCGCUCCCGCCGCUCCUCCUACCGCAGCGACCACGGAGACAUGAGGUCGAUGUCGGAAAUGAUGGUCGAUUACGCGCGAGAGCAGGCGGACACUCACUCCGAGGUGUCGGCGGGCACGCUACUCGGCAGGUACUAUGACGACGACAGUGACUCCGAGCACCAGUACCCUCAUAACCCGUCGUGGCGCCACUCGCUGCACCGCUCCGUGAGCCAGCCGUCGCUGGCGCGCUCCGCCACCGAGCUCACGGAGCAGUGGACGGCGCCCGACGGGGACGUCACGCCCACGCCCGGCCGCCGGGGCAGAGGUUCCCAAGGCGUGACCACCUUCACGUCAUCUGAAGUUCGUACAUUCCAAGCGUCACGAGAAUGGCGGGACUAAGAAUGAGAUCUGAGUCAACACAAUCGAAUAACCAAUUUUAAUUAUCCAUUCGAUAGUCAGAAUUAAUCGUGGAUGAUUGGAAAUUGAUCAACGCGACAACACCAAUGCAAUGAAUGAAUGAACGAAAAGACCGGAUUGUCGUUUGUCCUAAUGCCAAUUAUGAAAGUUGUAAUUGGGAAGUAUUUGGAACGAUAUCGAAUGAGUAAUUGAAAUUCGACUGAUUUAAAGCAUAUAAAUAUAAAAUAGGGCUACACAAACGUCAUGAAUAUGUCAUCUAUCAAUAAUCAUCUCUUUAAAUCUAGAGACCUGAAACUAUGGCCCUUAUAGAUGAUGAAAAAAUAUAAACCAUCUUAAAUUAUUGUAUAUGAUAAACACUGCCUCAUAGGGUUAUGUUGGGUCAUUUCCAAUUAUUUUUCAGAUAACAUGUAGUUAGGAAGCUGGCGAACAAAAUUUCUACACGUUUCACUAAUUGAUGAAGUGUUGUAAGAUCAAUAUUUAUUUAUCAUCUAUGAUAAUAUUAUAAAUGUAUCUAUAACUCUAUCUGUCUCUUACUUUUUCACGGCCAAGCCACUGAACCGAAUUUGAUGAAAUUCGCAAUAUGAAUCAAGCUGAAACUUCAAAGAAGAUGACUGUUUAUUCCUAAAAUUAGCCUACUUCAAAAAACCUAACGAUUAGGUUAGCCGUCAAGUUUUUUGAAGUAGUUAAAAGCGAGUGAAACUGCGCGCGGCAACUAGUUGAAUAUAUAUUGAAAUCUUCGCCUUCUUCCUAACCCAUCGUAUUAUCAAAGUCAAAUGUAAAGGUAACUAAUUCAUUUAAAAUAAAUUCAAAUUUAAAUGAAUUUAUUUUAAUUGUUUAUAUCUUUUUUUUGCAUGGCAACGAUAUAUAUAGGUAAGGAUAUUGUGUUCUAAAUAGUUUUAGAGUUGCCAGUAUCGUUAAUGUUGCAACAAUAAAUAUAAAUACAAUUUAUGUUUAUAAUCAAUUAUAAUUGAUUUCGGUUCAAUUAUAGUAGGAAACAAAUCAAUUAUUUUAAUUUCAUUUAAAGUGAUCUAUCUAUCCGUCCAAUUUCUUUUUAUGUAAUACAUUAGGAUAACAAGACUAAUAGUACGCUCUAAUAAAA